AUCCCAGCGCGCAGAACUUGGGGAGCCGCCGCCGCGAUUCGCCGCCGCCGCCAGCUUCCGCCGCCGCAAGAUCGGCCCCUGCCCCAGCCUCCGCGGCAGCCCUGCGUCCACCACGGGCCGCGGCCACCGCCAGCCUGGGGGCCCACCUACACUCCCCGCAGUGUGCCCCUGCACCCCGCAUGUAACCCGGCCAACCCCCGGCGAGUGUGCCCUCAGUAGCUUCGGCCCCGGGCUGCGCCCACCACCCAACAUCAGUUCUCCAGCUCGCUGGUCCGGGAUGGCAGCGGCCAAGGCCGAGAUGCAAUUGAUGUCUCCGCUGCAGAUCUCUGACCCGUUCGGCUCCUUUCCUCACUCACCCACCAUGGACAACUACCCCAAACUGGAGGAGAUGAUGCUGCUGAGCAACGGGGCUCCCCAGUUCCUCGGUGCUGCCGGAACCCCAGAGGGCAGCGGCGGUAAUAGCAGCAGCAGCACCAGCAGCGGGGGCGGUGGUGGGGGCGGCAGCAACAGCGGCAGCAGCGCCUUCAAUCCUCAAGGGGAGCCGAGCGAACAACCCUAUGAGCACCUGACCACAGAGUCCUUUUCUGACAUCGCUCUGAAUAAUGAGAAGGCAAUGGUGGAAACGAGUUAUCCCAGCCAAACGACUCGGUUGCCUCCCAUCACCUAUACCGGUCGCUUCUCCCUGGAGCCCGCACCCAACAGUGGCAACACUUUGUGGCCUGAACCCCUUUUCAGCCUAGUCAGUGGCCUCGUGAGCAUGACCAAUCCUCCGACCUCUUCAUCCUCGGCGCCUUCUCCAGCUGCUUCAUCGUCUUCCUCUGCCUCCCAGAGCCCGCCCCUGAGCUGUGCCGUGCCGUCCAACGACAGCAGUCCCAUCUACUCGGCUGCGCCCACCUUCCCUACUCCCAACACUGACAUUUUUCCUGAGCCCCAAAGCCAGGCCUUUCCCGGCUCUGCAGGCACAGCCUUGCAGUACCCGCCUCCUGCCUACCCUGCCACCAAAGGUGGUUUCCAGGUUCCCAUGAUCCCUGACUAUCUGUUUCCACAACAACAGGGAGACCUGAGCCUGGGCACCCCAGACCAGAAGCCCUUCCAGGGUCUGGAGAACCGUACCCAGCAGCCUUCGCUCACUCCACUAUCCACUAUUAAAGCCUUCGCCACUCAGUCGGGCUCCCAGGACUUAAAGGCUCUUAAUACCACCUACCAAUCCCAGCUCAUCAAACCCAGCCGCAUGCGCAAGUACCCCAACCGGCCCAGCAAGACACCCCCCCAUGAACGCCCAUAUGCUUGCCCUGUCGAGUCCUGCGAUCGCCGCUUUUCUCGCUCGGAUGAGCUUACCCGCCAUAUCCGCAUCCACACAGGCCAGAAGCCCUUCCAGUGUCGAAUCUGCAUGCGCAACUUCAGUCGUAGUGACCACCUUACCACCCACAUCCGCACCCACACAGGCGAGAAGCCUUUUGCCUGUGACAUUUGUGGGAGAAAGUUUGCCAGGAGUGAUGAACGCAAGAGGCAUACCAAAAUCCAUUUAAGACAGAAGGACAAGAAAGCAGACAAAAGUGUGGUGGCCUCCCCGGCUGCCUCUUCCCUCUCUUCUUACCCAUCCCCAGUGGCUACCUCCUACCCAUCCCCCGCCACCACCUCAUUCCCAUCCCCUGUGCCCACCACCUACUCCUCUCCUGGCUCCUCCACCUACCCAUCUCCUGCACACAGUGGCUUCCCGUCGCCUUCGGUGGCCACCACCUUUGCCUCGGUUCCACCUGCUUUCCCCACCCAGGUCAGCAGCUUCCCGUCUGCAGGCGUCAGCAGCUCCUUCAGCACCUCAACUGGUCUUUCAGACAUGACAGCGACCUUUUCUCCCAGGACAAUUGAAAUUUGCUAAAGGGAAUAAAAGAAAGCAGAGGGAGGGGCAGGAAAGACAUAAAAGCCCAGGUGGGAAGAGAUGGCCGCAAGAGGGGCCACCUCUUAGGUCAGAUGGAAGAUCUCAGAGCCAAGUCCUUCUACUCAUGAGUAGAAGGUCCGUUGGCCACUGGCCCUUUCACUUACCGUCCCUGCCUCCCCCGUCCUGUUCCCUUUGACUUCAGCUGCCUGAAACAGCCAUGUCCAAGUUCUUCACCUCUAUCCAAAGGACUUGAUUUGCAUGGUAUUGGAUAAAUCAUUUCAGUAUCAUCUCCAUCACAUGCCUGGCCCUUGCUCCCUUCAGCGCUAGACCAUCAAGUUGGCAAAAAGAAAAAAAAAAAAAAGAAAAAAAAUGGGUCUGGGCCCUCAGAACCCUGCCUUGCAUCUUUGUACAGCCUCUGUGCCAUGGAUUUUGUUUUCCUUGGGGCAUUCUUGAUGUGAAGAUAAUUUGCAUACUCCAUUGUGUUAUUUGGAGUUAAAUUCUCACUUUGGGGGAGGGGGGAGCAAAGCCAAGCAAACCAAUGAUGAUCCUCUAUUUUGUGAUGACUCUGCUGUGACAUUAGGUUUGAAGCAUUUUUUUUUCAAGCAGCAGUCCUAGGUAUUAACUGGAGCAUGUGUCAGAGUGUUGUUCCGUUAAUUUUGUAAAUACUGCUCGACUGUAACUCUCACAUGUGACAAAGUAUGGUUUGUUUGGUUGGGUUUUGUUUUUGAGAAUUUUUUUUUGCCCGUCCCUUUGGUUUCAAAAGUUUCACGUCUUGGUGCCUUUUGUGUGACACGCCUUGCCGAUGGCUUGACAUGCGCGCAGAUGUGAGGGACACGCUCACCUUAGCCUUAAGGGGGUAGGAGUGAUGUUUUGGGGGAGGCUUUGAGAGCAAAAAACGAGGAAGAGGGCUGAGCUGAGCUUUCGGUCUCCAGAAUGUAAGAAGAAAAAAUUAAAACAAAAAUCUGAACUCUCAAAAGUCUAUUUUUUUAAACUGAAAAUGUAAAUUUAUACAUCUAUUCAGGAGUUGGAAUGUUGUGGUUACCUACUGAGUAGGCUGCAGUUUUUGUAUGUUAUGAACAUGAAGUUCAUUAUUUUGUGGUUUUAUUUUACUUUGUACUUGUGUUUGCUUAAACAAAGUAACCUGUUUGGCUUAUAAACACAUUGAAUGCGCUCUAUUGCCCAUGGGAUAUGUGGUGUGUAUCCUUCAGAAAAAUUAAAAGGAAAA